UUCAGUUUCAUUCAUCCACCGCCUCACAUUAGCUCCCCAUCUCUUUCCAUUGAUCACUAUUCCGAAAUGAGUGCUUUUGAGGAACCGGAGAAGAAAGCGGUAGCGGUUGGACCAUGGGGAAGCCAAAACGGGCUCAUGUGGGAUGACGGUGUUUACUCAACGGUGAGGCAGUUGGUGAUAGCUCAUGGCUCUGGGAUUGACUCCAUCCAGGUUGAGUAUGAUAGCAAAGGGAGCUCAUUUUGGUCAGACAAGCAUGGUGGAAAUGGAGGCUGGAAAAUAGACACGGUGCAGCUUGAUUAUCCAGAAGAAUUUCUGACUUCAUUUCAUGGAUAUUAUGGUAAGAUAAGUGAAUGGGGAACGGUGUCUCUUCGAUCGAUUACUUUCAAGAGCAACAAAAGAUCUUAUGGACCUUUUGGAAUGGAACAAGGAACCUAUUUUUCACUCCCAGUGACAACUGGUAACAAAAUUGUUGGGUUUCAUGGGAAGUCUGGCUGGUAUGUCGAUGCAAUAGGAGCUCACCUGAAGCCGGUUCAGAAUGAUCAAAACAACUACAAGGUAGUUAUGGCUCAAACACAGUACAGUUAUAUGACUGGUGGUACUGACAUCCCUGCUGGCUACUCACUACUCCAAAACUGUGAUGUGUUUCUUGCUAUAAGACCCAAGGAUGACUCUGUUACUACUAAGCCUGCAGCCCCAGUGCCCAACAAAAUCUAUAGGCAAUUUUCUAAUAGUUCUGGAGACUCAAGUGAUGAAGGAAUCAAACACAAGACACCAACUAUUGAGAGACUUCCUUCAAAAGUUGAAGGGGUGGUAACAUAUGGUCCUUGGGGAGGGAGUGGUGGUUUUAUGUUUGAUGAUGGAGUUUAUUCAGGUAUUCGACAAAUCAAGUUGUCCAGGAACAUCGGAGUUGUAUACAUAAAGGUUGAGUAUGAUUGCGAUGGUGAAGCUGUAUGGGGGGGCAGACAUGGAGGAACUGGAGGAUAUAAAAGUGACAGGAUCAUUUUUGAUUAUCCGAACGAAAUCUUAACUCACAUCACUGGAACAUUUGGUCCUGUAAUGGGGAUGGGGCCUAAUGUAAUCAAGUCAAUGAGCUUCCACACGACGAAGAAGAAGCACGGGCCAUAUGGAGAAGAACAAGGAACUCAAUUCAGCACUCAGCUCAGAGAAGGAAAAAUUGUUGGAAUUCAUGGGAGGACAGGUUUGUUCCUAGAUGCUAUUGGAGUCCAUGCCAUAGAAGGAAAGGUGAAGGUAGAGACUACUAAGACUAGUACUGAAACGUCACCGCCUUUGGCCCUCACAAAUUCUUCUCAUAAUGCCAUCACCGCUAUGGUCCCAAAGGAACCUGCAGGUGCUGUGGUCCUAAAGGAACAUGCAGGUGCUAUCCUCGCAAAGGACUCUGCAGGUGCCAUUACUGAGAUAGAUCAGCCUCACUGGUCUAGCAAACUAGUACGCACAAACAAAGGACCAGUUGAAGAGGUUACCUGUGGGGUGGUAAAAGAACCGGCUCCAUGUGGACCGGGGCCUUGGGGUGGAGAUGGAGGGAGAGCAUGGGAUGAUGGAGUGUUCACCGGAAUUAGGCAGAUACAUUUGACACGAUCAGCAGAAGGAAUCUGCUCAAUGCAGAUUGAGUAUGAUCGAAGUGGUCAGUUCAUUUGGUCUGUUAAGCAUGGAGGCAAUGGAGGCACUUCCCCACAUCGAAUAAAAUUGGAGUAUCCACAUGAAGUGCUGUCUUGCAUAUCAGGCUAUUAUAGUUGCAUUAGUAAAAAUGAACGACCUCAGAUUAUAAAGUCACUGACAUUCUAUACAAGUAGAGGCAAGUAUGGUCCAUUUGGAGAAGAAGUUGGAACUUUUUUUACUUCGACUACCACAGAGGGCAAGGUGGUUGGCUUCCAUGGCAGGAGCAGCUUGUAUCUGGAUGCCAUCGGAGUUCAUAUGCAACAUUGGCUAGGAAGCACUCAGAAAACCUCCCGGAUUUCUCUCUUCAAGAAAUUCUGAUCAUGAUCAUGUCAGCACUUCAGCAUGGAAUAAAUCUCCACUAAGCUGGGAAAAAUAAGUUUUGGAGUUAUCAUGAUAAAUAAUACCAUUGCCUAUUUGCCUUUG